UCUCACGUGAUUUGUUAUGAAACUUCCGUCUCGGGAGGCCCACACUAUUCAGCAGUUGACUCGGUGUCAGGUCAGCAUUUCUGUGCAUUACCGGGAUCCACAACCAUGGCCUCUCUCCGCGCUUCACGGACUCUAGUCGUAUCAACACUCAAGCAAGUUGGAUGUCGUGCAGCAAGCACCCGGUCCUCUGGCACCGGCCGCAGGGUGGCCCCAUGGCUGGUGGGCGUGGCUGCGGCAGGUGCAGCAAGCUAUGGAGCCUACAAGGCCACGCUUGGCAGUCAGUCGCUGGCCACCACCUUGGAUGAAGCUGUGAAAACUUUGCGAGAGACAGCGUCACCCCACAAGGUCAUCGCCGCCGCGCCGCCGGAAUCGCAGAAAUCUGUGUACUCUCAAGGAAAGGACCACGCGCUUUACCUAUGGAUCUACCUGUGCCCCCAGGCUAACACGCGCGAGGUGGCGCGUGCUGUCAGCCGCCUGCAGCAGUACGUGGACAAGGUGUGCGACCCCACACUGACAGACGAGGACGACGAGAUCCUGGCAGGUGUGGGCUUUGGGCCAAACUUCUACAGUCAGGUGGCUGGAAAGACCAAUGAACCCUUUGUCUACGCUCAUCGCAAAGGAGUUCUAGGAGAAAUGCCCAGUUCAGGUGGAGAUAUUUUUAUCCACGCCAAGUCAAACCAAAUUAGCAAGCUGUUUGAGUUGUGUCAGGAGAUCAUGAGAAACUUGCCCAAGAACAGCGUUGAGAGCUUUGAAGACGUAUACAGCUUUGUCUACAAAAAUGGACGCGACCUGUCUGGCUUCAUUGACGGUACUGAAAAUGCAGCAGACGAAGACGACCGUCGGGAGAUAGCCGUGGAGAAGGCGACUGGCGGAAGUUACGUGAUCACUCAGAAGUGGAUCCACAAUCUUGAUGUGAUCGAAUCGGAGAAAGAAAAGACUCUAGAGAGCUGGGUGGGCCGCACUCGUCCCGACAGCAUCGAACUCCAAAGAAAAAGCAUCAGCUCCCAUGUGGCGAGAAUGACAGCCAGUAACGCCUUCCAGGCGCCCAAGCCGUUCCAGAUCGUGCGGCAGUCGAUGCCGUAUGGAACCCUCAGUGGUGACGCCGGCCUCUUCUUCAUCGGCUACGCCGCCUCCCCGCGCAACAUCGAGUACAUGCUGGACCGCAUGGUGGGCGCCGGCGGCGACGGCCACAGUGACGACAUCAUGCGCCUCUCCCGCAACGUCAAGGGCACCUACUGGUAUUUCCCUGGCGUCGCCCAGCUGAAGAAACUCGAGUGCUAAAGUGUGCUGACUACCGGAUGUUGGACGUGAAACAUGAUCUGCUUUGCUCUCUCCAUGUAAGCAGACUGUCGUUUGGCAGCGGAACUCUUUUGAAGCUGCCAGUGCGACGCGUCGUUUAUUCGUAUAUGUCAAAACUAUCAAAAGUUAUAUCAUGAAUAUAUUGAUAUGUCUUGAAAAGACGCCAUUCUACGCUUCACUGUUUGUAAAAAACUGUCUCAUUAUAGAGUCGGUUGAUAUAGUCAGUUAAUCGCCAUUUUGAAAUGAUGUAACUUGUAACUGGGAGCACCUUCCCAAAUUAUUAUUAAAUUUUGUGAUCAAAUAAA